UGUUAACGUUAAUAUAUAUAUUUGUUAAAUUUCAGAAUCUUGUUGUGUUACAAUGGUCUACUUUACCUGUGGGGACUGUGGAGAACAGAUCAAGAAACCGAGCGUGGAGAAACAUUAUCAACAGAAAUGUAGAAACUGCAACCUCCUCACAUGUAUAGACUGUCUUAAGGAUUUCUAUGGGGAUGAAUAUAAGGCGCACAACCAGUGCAUGACAGAGGAUCAGAGGUACAGUAAAGAGGGAAGGAAUGGAUAUGAUCCAACUAUAGGCAGCAAAGGAGAAAUGAAGCAGUUGGCCUGGAUUGGUAAACUCCGAGGACUGCUUGAAUCUACUGAAAAUAUUGACAAGGAUGUGAGAGGCAUUGUUGAUACUAUUCUUAAUCAUGAAAAUGUGCCUAGGAAGCGACCUAAGUUCGUAAAUUUUGUCAAGAAUAUUAUGCGGAACAAGGCCUCCGUGACCAGCAUUGAUAAAACAUGGGAUCUCUUCUCACAAGCAUUGAAGCCAAGUGCUGAAGAAGAAACCAAGAUGGAGAAUUCCCAGACGGAAUCAAAAAUGGAGGUCGAAGAGACAAAACCCGGGAAAAAGGAAAAGAAAAAGAAGAAGAAGAAAGAUGCUGACGAGGAUCCUACCCCCACACCUGAACCUGAACUUGUAGAAGAAUCUAGGAAAUCGAAGAAAAAGAAGAAGAAAGAGAAACAUCUGGAAGAACCUGAACCUACUCCUCAGCCUAAAUCUAAGAAGAAGAAGGAAAGUAACAAGGAGAACACGGAGGACCAGAAGGACCAGGUGGAGGAGGAGAAUAAGACAAACAAGAGAAAACUGGACGAAUCAAUGGAAGUAGAUGAACCUAGUUCUAAGAAAACUAAAUUUGAUUGGGAUGAAACUAUAUCUAGUCUGCUUAGCAAGGGAGAGGAAAUAAAACUAAACAAGCUGAAGAAAAAGUGUGUCUCUGAAUUCUUCGCUCAGCACGAGGGGACGCAUAAAACUGCGGAGGAGGUUGGCGCCAAGUUUGACAAGAAGAUCAAGAAGAAGAAAUACAGGAUUCUCAAGGAUAAAGUCAAGCUGAUUCCAGACGAGCAGGAGGAGGAGGAGAAGCAUGAACAAGAGCAACCUCGUCCUGAUCAAUCCAAGGAUAAACUGUCCUUCAACAAGUGGGAGGCGACCAACCUUGGUAAUGAUGCACAGACUGAGAAAUUCCGUCGAUUGAUGGGGAUUAAGACGGAUAAACCUCCCCAGGCGAUCGCAACUGAGAAGCGAGAUGACCGGCGGAUAUUUAAAGACCUGGAGGAUGGUUUUGAACGCGCUAGACAAACCCAUUUCAAGGCUAAAGGGCUUGGUCUGGGUUUUUCUUGAACUUGUACCUUGCAACCUUUCUCAGCAUUUUUUUUAUAAAUUUUUGAUGAAAUAAAAAGAGAAAUUGUUC